UCAUUUAAGAGUAUAUAAUAAAAAAGCUCCUCACAUAAAAACAAUAUUUGUAUAGCUCUUACGCACUCAAGUCGGAGAUUAAGUUUAUCGUAAAAAUGUAUCGAUUAGUGUUAAGUAUAGUUCUAUUGUUGGCGGGGACUUUAACUGAAGGCAAAUUUCCGCAAUCCCCAAAACCAUGUGCUUACGGUGAUGAAAAAUGUAUAAAGGAUAUUGUUAACUUUUUGCUGAGUGAAAAAAUAAAUGGCUACUCUGCCCUGAACCUAGUUGGCCUAAAUCCAUUGAAAAUUUCUGAAAUAAGGAUAAACCAGGGAGCCGAAAGCCCCGUUAAUAUCGACCUUAAAUUAAAGAACAGCGAAUUAACUGGCAUAAAGGAUGCCAAAGUUCUUCAUGUGAAAGGUUUCGGUAAAAACAUUGAUCAAGUCCAUGAAAUGACCUUGGAGUCUAAUUCAGUUUCAUUAAACGGCGACUACACUAUCAAAGGAAGAGUUCUUAUUCUACCAAUUAAUGGAAAUGGAAAAAGUAACAUCACAAUGGAAAACGUUCGACUUAAGAUGUCCUUACUGGGAGAAUCAGUAGUCAGAGAUGGUGAAACUUACAUGAAUGUCAAAAAUGUGAAACUCAACAUUGACACAAGUCGAUUAUAUUUUGAAUUUCUAAAUCUUUUCAAUGGUGACAAGACAUUGGGUGAUAAUAUGAACUUAUUUUUAAAUGAAAAUUGGAAGGAUAUUUAUGGUGAAGUACGUGGAUCGAUAACAUCGGCAUUUGCAUCGAUAUUCCAAAGUGUUGUAAAUAAUGUUUUUUCAAAGUAUCCUUAUAGGAAAUUAUUUUCUUCGGAAUAGUGACUAUUUUGUUUAUUAUUUUAAAUACUUUAAGGCAUAAAUAUACUGUACAUAGUCCAAUAAAAGAAUUAAGUUUAAA